AUGCAUCUAUCUGUUCUCCGUCGACUUUCAGCGGCGUCGGCUUCACCUCAAAAAUGGGAAAUUUUCGCGUCAGUUGUGUUGUCGAGAGCUCCUGUCGUAGCUCCACCAAUGUCGGAAGUCGAAUCAAGAUUUCAUCGACUUCAAAUGGCUGAAGAGCAAGAAAAGAGCCUAAUGUGUAAUUAUGAGCUCAAAACGAAACAGGAUGAGAAAAUGGUAGCCCGCCGUGCUCAACUAAUUGCCGACGGAAAAGAGCUCUCGGAGCUCGACGAAGAAAUUGGAGUUACAAAUGCCGUUCGUGAGGACGAUUGGAAAAAAGCCGCUGAGGAUUUGGAUAAGAAAUUCAAAUUCGGCGAAUUCCCGCCGAAAAAUGAGCUGAAAAGUGUGGAACGCGAGUUGCAGAGGAAGCUUGUGCUCAUUGUAAAGCAGAAAUUGGGAGAAAAGGGUUAUAGUUCACCGUGGAUUCUUCCACAAAUGAAGCAUCGCGAUGGCGAGACGUUGAGACAGACAGCCGAACGAUGCAUUGGAGAGCUAUCCGGGACCGAUUUGAGUGCCGAUAUCAGUGGAAAUGCACCAUUUGGAGUGUUCACGCAUAGAUACCCCACACCAAUCUCCCAGAAAACCGGUGCUCGCGGAGCCAAAAUCUUCUUCUACACUGCAAAUUUAUCGACAAUUCCGACGGAAUUCCAAGUAAAUCCAGAUGACGUCACUGAUUAUCAAUGGGUGAAUCGAGAGGAGUUUUGGAAGACUGUACCUGGAACUGAAUAUAAGAAAGCUGCGAAAUUUGCAUUUUUGGAAUAAUUUAAUUGAUUUUUUUUUGUGUUAAAAUUGUGAGAAAAUCGACGACAGAAAAAUGUGAAAAAUUGAAGAAUUUUGAGUGAAUAUUGAAUUUUCAGCUCUAAACAAUUCGGUGGCCGAUCUUUUUCUAGUCCGCUCUCUCAAAUUUGUCUUUUUAUUUGGAAUUUUGGUAGAAGAUCUUAAAAAUUACUGAAAAUUUAAUUUUUUUCUGAAAAAUUCGAUUUUUUUGCGAACAAAAAAUCUGGUGGCCGAGCUUUUUCUACUCCCUGAGCUCAAAUUUGCGAAUUUUCUUAAGUAUUUAAAAUCUGGAAGGCUUCAAAAAAAUUUUUUUGGUGACCUAAUUAAGCUUAAAAUCUUCAAUUUCCGUACAUUUUCCCUUUAUUUUUAUCGAUUUUUCUCAUUUGUUCGUAGUUUUUAUUUUUUAGAAGGCUUUUAUUAUUAUUUGUUGAUUGUUUGAUUCAAUAAAAAAUCGAUUUUUGAAA